AUGCAUCUUGCUAUUCCUCCCCCGCCUAUUCGCAAUCCCGAAAAGGGGUUCAAAACACACCUAAAGAAGACACGAACCGAGUCAAUCUCAACAAAUGAGACCGAAUCUUUACAAACAUCCCCCGAGGGCUCAUUAAAGAGGUCAUUUCGGAGAUCCAUUAUCAAUGCCUUUGCCUCUCGCACUAGAACGUGA